AUGACGCCUCUUUUGCUCUGUCUCCCUCACGUUUCUGCUCUUGAACGCGUUCCGUAUCUCUCUAUCUCAUAUUUCCCCAAGCCUCUCAUGACCGUGUCUCGUGCAACAAACCCACCACAUACAUCAACAAACACCACAUAUAUAUCAAACCUACCACAUAUACUCCAGCGUCUCCGAACUUCCUCCCAGCUUCCUUGGUCUCGUCGAACAUCAAUCUCGCUUUAUCUACCGCUCAUCCAUCUGCAUUGGUCGUCGCUGUCGACAUACGUCAACUGUAUAUCUAUUGUACCAGUAUUUGGCCUCUUGCGGGAGCUCUAUAAUGGCGUCCUGACUUUGCCAGGUGCCUUAGGGCAGCUUGGCCCUACCAGGUGCUCUAUAGUGGUGUCCUGGUCAAUGAGCGUGAAUAUAUAG